AGAGAGAGAGAGAGAGAGAGAUGUGUGUGUGUAUGUAUAUGUAUAUAUAGUUAUCAAGAGCUCAGUAUAUAUUUCAGAUAAUUGAGGUCAUCAUUAGUUAUUGAUGACAGUGGCUUCAUGCCUCAAAUAUGUACCCUUAUAUCAACCAAUAUUACUGCACCUGGCUGCAGAACUGGCUGGUGUGACUGUCAGAGGUGCUGUGUCCGGUUUGUUGUUACACUGGACACAUCCUAUGGCCAGUCUUGGUCUUGUAGCACCUCAACCAAUUACCAGAUUGAAUCAUGUUAGCCAAACUUCAAAGUGUGGUCAGAGGCGGUGGUGGAGUGGGGGAAGGCGGGGCUGGAAGAAGAGGAAAAGAAAGAAGUGGUGGUAGUGGUAGUGGUGGGGGAGUUAAGAAUAGUUGUAAUGUUGUUGUGGGUGGUGGCGUUGGAAAUGGUGGUGGUGGUGGUAGUGUUGUUGGUAGAGGUAGGGGUUGGAGUGUGCAAGAACCAAAGGAAGAGGUCAGAAAUAGUGGUAGUGGUAGGAGUUGUGGUAGUGGUAGAAGUGGUGGUAGUGGUAGGGGUUGGAGUGUGCAAGAACCAAAGGAAGAGGUCAGAAAUAGUGGUAGUGGUAGGAGUUGUGGUAGUGGUAAGAGUGGUGAUAGUGGUAGGAGUGGCGGUGGUGGUGGUGGUCGUGGUGGUGGUGGUGGUAACAUUGCAGAUGUCCAGAGUGUGAACUCCAAUUAUGAAAGUCUGGAGUCUGACCGUUAUAGUGAAGAUGUCCAAAAUAAUGUAAUUGACAUCAGUAAUGUCGGUAGCGUUAGUCGGUGCAAUAAUGACGACAACAACAACGAAAGCAACAACAGCGUCAACAACAAAGACAAUAACAACAGCAACAACACUGACAACAAUGUCGGCAAUGACCACAGUAUUGGAAGCAGUAGUUGUGGUGAGAGUAACUAUAAUAGUGUCCGCAGCAGCAACGUAAGCAGUAGUAGCUGUAGUAGUAGUAUUAAUGGGAACGGUACUAAUUGUGGUGGUAGUAGUAGUAGUAGUAGUUGUAGCAUGAGGAAGAAGAACAACACUAACAGUGACAGUAGUAACAUGUAUAGCACGUGCAACGAUGUUGAGCAUUUGUGUGACUUGUCCGAGUCUGCAGCAAGUUAUACAACGACAGAUGCAUCACUUACAAAAUCUGCACCAGAAAGGUGCAUAACCCCUUCAACGCCAACACCAACACCAAGUACAACUACAAUUAAUACCACCACUACCACAGAAACAAACACAAAUACUACUACUACUGCUAAUAAUUAUGAUAACAAUAAUAGUAAUAAUAAUAAUAAUAAUAAUAAUAAUAAUAAUAAUAAUUCUACUUCAACAAGGGUGAGGAAGUUUACAUGUCACAGUAAUGGCAGCAGCAGCUGUAGUAACAGUUGUAGUAGCAUGUGCAGUUGCAACAAGACCAACAGUUGUUGCAACAAUCAGGUGCAACCAAUGUGUGCAGAAGUUUCUUUCAAGAGUAAGAGUAAUACUUAUAGCAACAAGUGCAGCUGCAACAGCAAUGAUAACAACAACAUCAUUGAUAGACAACCACCGCAAGAUAACAUUACUUUGGAUGGUGCCGUAAAGCGGCCCAACAGUAGGACUAGCGUCGAAACCAAAAAAAUCCAUAACCAUGUCGAGGCCCUAAAAGACAUGGAACCAAGUUUAGUUGUUGUUAAUUCUAAAGCUUCAACAAUGCCACCGAGUACAGCAUCUGCUAUUGUAGCAGCAGCACGUCGAACUCAGUCAUACAACCACAAAACUGUGCAAACUGCAAUGAUUCAGAAACCACCCGAGAGACGGGUGACAGCAUUUGAAAGGAUAUCCACAGAUUUGGAAACAAAUCCAAAACUCAUCCGAGAACUUUCACUUGGAAAGAGGAUUGGUUUUUAUCGGAUCCGAGGAGAAUUGGGCAGUGGUAAUUUUUCAUCAGUGAAGCUUGGCAUUCAUACUUUGGUAAAAGAAAAAGUUGCAAUAAAAAUUUUGGAUAAAACCCGUCUUGAUUUGAAAACUCAGCGCCUGUUGUCAAGAGAGAUUGAAAUUAUGGAACACCUACGGCACCCUAAUAUCAUACGAUUAUAUGAAGUUGUAGAAACACUAGCCAAGGUACAUUUGAUCAUGGAAUAUGCACCAGGUGGAGAGCUUUUUACCAAACUAUCGAAUGAAGGGCGACUAACGGAACCUGAAGCAAAAUUCAUCUUUGCUCAGAUACUUUCUGCUGUUGAACACAUGCACAGCCACUAUAUCAUCCACCGGGACUUGAAAGCCGAGAAUGUUUUCUAUGCAGCCCCAUUCUUUGUUAAAGUAGGAGACUUUGGUUUCAGUACGAUUUGUCGAUCAGAGCAGCAAGAACUAAACACCUUCUGUGGCUCCCCACCUUAUGCUGCACCAGAGCUCUUCAGAGACGAUAUCUAUUAUGGAACAUUUGUUGAUAUAUGGGCGCUGGGUAUUCUGCUUUAUUUCAUGGUCACUGGUUCCAUGCCAUUUCGAGCAGAGAAUGUCACGAGAAUGAAAAAAUGUAUUCUUAAUGGUAUGUAUGCAAUUCCGAUGUUUGUGUCUGAUAGCUGCCAUUUUUUAAUUCGAGGAAUAUUGAGGUCUCUACCUCAGGACAGAUUUACUAUAGAAGAAAUUAAGAACAGUGAGUGGUUAGCAGGGGAAAACUAUCCAAAGGCUUUGCCGCCAUACAGACUUUGUCCCACUGUUAAUCUCACAGAAUUAAAAGCAGAUGAACAAGAGACCAUUAGGAUCCUUUGCCAGCUAGGAAUUACACAAGAACAUCUGAAGGAGGCCAUCCGUAAGAAUACGAGGAACUCUAUAAUUGGUGCUUACCGCAUUGUAUUGCAUCGAAUACAGAAGAAGAACCAAGAUAAAGAUAUUUAUGCUAUAGCAGAAUUUUCUUCUAGAUUAUUUAAACAACAGGACAAUAAGAAGAAAAUGAGAUCUCAUAUAUCAAAACUUUGUUCAAUCCUUUAAUGUACAGAAAAAGACACACGCAUAUACGCACACAAAAAUGUAUAUCAUCUGUUCAUGAACAGAAGAUACACUCAUAAGCGCACACACACAUGUGUAUAGUCCCUGAACAUGCAAAAGAUACUCCACAGACAAAAGCACAUGUGUACAAACUUCAAACUACAGAAGACAUACACAUACAUAAAGUGACAUUCACGCAAAAGUGUAUCUAUCUCUAUUCAUUUAAACACACAUACAUAUAUGUAUGUAUAUAUAUACACACAUAUAUAUGCAUAUGCAUAUAUAUAUAUAUAUAUAUAUAUAU